UGCACAUGCUUCCCCCACCACCACAACCAUACAUACACCAUCAUCAUACAUGGAAUUGGGUGUCCUCUCAGCCUUCCUGAGGGCUAGCAGAGACUCAAGAAUCACUGCCUAGAUGGACGACUCCAAGACCCCUGGCUAUCAACCUGACCAACUGCAAGUAUGAGAGUGUGCGCAGGGCUGCCCAGAUGUGUGGCCUGAAGGAAGUCGGGGAGGAUGAAGAGUGGACUGUGUAUUGGACAGACAGCUCUGUUUCUCUGGAGCGUGUUAUGGACAUGAAGCGGUUUCAGAGAAUCAACCACUUUCCCGGCAUGUCAGAGAUUUGCCGCAAAGACCUCCUGGCCAGGAACCUGAACCGAAUGCAAAAGCUGUUCCCCACCCAGUACAAUAUUUUCCCCCGUACCUGGUGCCUCCCCGCUGAUUACGGGGAAUUCCAGUCAUACGGCCGCCAGCGGAAAAACUGCACAUACAUCUGCAAACCCGACAGUGGCUGCCAGGGCCGAGGCAUCUUCAUCACCCGCAACCCCAAGGAGAUCAAGCCCGGGGAGCACAUGAUCUGCCAGCAGUACAUCGCCAAGCCCUUCCUCAUCAAUGGCUUCAAGUUUGACAUGAGAAUCUACGUCCUCAUCACAUCCUGCGACCCGCUGAAGCUAUUCAUGUAUGAGGAAGGCCUGGCCCGCUUUGCCACCAUGCCCUAUGUGGAGCCCAGCCAUGGCAAUCUGGAGGACGUGUGCAUGCACCUGACCAACUAUGCGAUCAACAAACACAGCGAGAAUUUUGUCCGGGAUGAAGCUGUGGGCAGUAAGAGGAAGCUGUCAACACUCAACGCCUGGCUGCGGGAGCACAGCUACAACCCCCGGGAGCUGUGGGGGGACAUAGAAGACAUCAUCAUCAAAACUAUCAUCUCGGCCCACUCUGUCCUCCGCCACAACUACCGGACGUGUUUCCCCCAGUACCUGAGCGGGGCCCUGUGCGCCUGUUUCGAGAUCCUUGGCUUUGACAUCCUGCUGGACCACAAGCUGAAACCCUGGCUGCUGGAGGUGAACCACUCUCCCAGCUUCACCACGGACUCCCGCCUUGACCGCGAAGUAAAGGACACGCUUCUUUGUGACACCAUCAGCCUCCUCCGCCUCAGGGGCUGUGACAGGCGGAAGGUGCUAGAAGAGGACAAGCGGAGAAUCAAGGAGCGGCUUCUGCUGGGCCACCAGCAUCCGCGAGAGGCCAGGCAAGAACAAAUGGGGUUCGCAUCCCAGGCCGCCAUGCUAGACCAAGAAUACUAUGAGGACUCGCACCUGGGGGGUUACCGGCGAAUCUACCCCAGGUCCAACAGCGAGAAGUAUGCGCCCUUCUUCAAGCAUGAUGGCUCACUCUUCCAGGAGACUGCAGCGUCCAAGGCCAGAGACGAGUGCGCCAGGCAGCAACUCGAGGUGCUCCGCCUAAAGCAGGUGCAGCAGAGCUUAGGCAAUCAGAGGCGGAAGGACAGCCGAGAGCAAAACCAGGGGGAGUCAGCAGGGGAGAAGAGCCAGUCCAGGACCGCACGGUGCAGCACCCAGCCUCCCCGGGCUCCUGUGGGUUACCGGACCCGCACCUGCACUCACAGCCGCACUCAGGAGAGAGGGAAGGCAGAGCAGGGCCAUGCCACUGCUGCUCGACCUUUGACAGCACACCUGGACACCACGCAGCCACAGAACAUUGUGGAGGAAGAGGAGCAGGAGCGGAUGAAGGGCCUGCUCCAGAGGGAGACUCUCAUCCGCAGCCUGGGGAUUGUAGAGCAGAUCACUCACUUGCUGGACCCCAACCCGCAGGGCCAAAAGCUUCAUGAGUAUCGGCCUAGACCACACCAGGACGGGCAGGGCGGUGGAGAAAUGCCAUCAGCAAGGCUGCUGUUCCUCGAGGCCCUCCAAGAGCUGGGUUCUGCCCACUUCCUGAGUCCGGUGCUGCCUAAUGUGCUGGACCCCAGGGCCUCAGGGCACCUGUCCAGCAUGGAGACAGCACUGCUCCGGCCUGCUGGCCACCAUCUACAGCCCAGGACCUUCCAAUGGACAGAUCCCGUGACUCUGGGACCCUCCUUAUCGCCAGUGAAGAAGUAUGAAAGGCGCUGUCUGUCUAGCCCCAGAAUCCGGCUCCCAGGCAAAACCCACGGCACCAGGAGGCUAGAAGCCAUGAACCAGGCCACAAAAGCGUCAGCGACGUCUUCCCUAUACCCUAAGCAGGGCUAUGUCCUGCGGCCGGACAGACGGACAAACAGCAGCUGGAGCGAGUGUGCCGACCCCCGGGCACGCUGACUGGCCAGCUGCGGGCCUCGGGGCAGAGGCGAGUGCCAUCUGCCCUGAAAAGACUCCCCUUAGCCUUCACGAGGACAGAAGGGCCUGCUAGAUCAUGCCUUGGCAGGAAGGCCACCGUCCUUCGAGAAGAGGUGCAGCGUGGGGGGGGGUGUCGGGCCUGCGAAUGGGAGCCAGGGCCCUGAGGCAUGUGACACCAGCAGCUAGGGCCACAAAGCUUCGUGGACACCAGGAGCUUGCACCCCGAGACAUCUGGACACCAGCAGGAAGGGUCCACAACAUCUGGACACUAGCGGGCUGAGCCCGAGGUAUCUGGAC